AUGGCAUCAUUUAAUUAUAAUAUAGAUUUGGGUGGCCUAUGCAAAACCCAACUAAUUUUCUGUAUGGUUCUUUAUUUUGUAUUCAUUGCUCUUUCUAAUCAGUAUCACAAUUGUCCAUCUUCAGAUUUUUUUUCUUCUUUAUGGAAAACAGCACCUGAUAUUUCAAUCUCUUCCAGUACUGUAGUUUCUCCUACGAAUUCAAAUGAUUCUCCAACUAUUUCAAACGAUUCACCUACAACUUCUGCAAUUUCUAACGAUUCUGCUACAAUUUCAAAAAAUUCUUCUACCAUUUCUACAAUUUCUAAUGAUUCUCCUACAAAUCUUAGUCACCUAGUUUUCGGCCUCGUAGGAUCUGAGUUAGCAUGGCAUCAAAGGAAAGCAUACAUUGAAUCGUGGUGGAGACCUAACAUUACGAGGGGAUUUCUGUUUCUUGAUAAAGAGCCAACGGCAGAACUCCUCCCUUGGUCUGGAUCUUCUCCUCCUUACAGAAUAUCCGAUGAUCUUACCACAUUUCUCAAGAAACCUGACCUUACGGCCCAACGUAUUGUUCAUGGAAUCAUGGAGGUUUUCAAAGAGGAUCAUGAAAAUCUCAGAUGGCUAGUAAUGGGAGAUGAUGAUUCCAUAUUUUUUCUUGAUAAUAUUGUUGAAAUUCUCGCAAAGUUUGAUCAUACAAAGUAUUAUUACCUUGGUGGACGAUCGGAAUUUAUUUUUUCAAAUUAUUGGUUCUCAUUUAGCCAAGGAUUUGGUGGGGCUGGAUUUAUGUUGAGUGCCCCUUUGGCAAAAGCACUGGCUAAAGACUUGGAAAAUUGUUUAAGGAGAUAUGCACAUCUUGAGGCUGCUGACCAAACCACAAUGUCAUGUAUAGCUGAUCUUGGAGUCAGCCUCACUCCCCUACAAGGAAUUCACCAGAUGGAUAUGCGUGGUGAUGCAUCCGGUUUCUUAUCAUCACAUCCACAAUUUCCACUCAUGUCCCUUCACCAUUUCGACAUGGUGGAACCAAUAUUUCCCUCCAUGGAUCGUGCUGAGUCCACGCGCCACCUCAUGAAGGCGGCUAAGGCCGACCAGUCUCGGAUGUUGCAACAAACAGUCUGCCAUCACAGGCAAAGCAACUGGACUUUUUCCAUUUCAUGGGGCUAUUCUGUACAUUUAUACGAGAGAAUCAUGCCUCGAAGCUAUUUACAAUUCCCCAUUGAAACCUUUGAAACAUGGUUACCGAACCCAACGCCUCCACAUUAUAUGUUCAACACAAGAUUGCCCUCUAACGAUUCUUGCGAAGCACCCCAUCUUUUCUUCUUUAAAUCCAUUAAAGAAUCACCAAAAAAUUAUGUUUUUACAAGUUUUUCGAGAGCAUGGACCCGGGGGCUUCUUCCUUGUUCAUCAAAUUCUGCAGAGAUUAUUACCAAAAUCAAUGUCAUCUCACCAGAAACAAAGCGCACUGAGAUUGAUAGAUGUGAAUGCUGUGACGUUAUUCGUGUACAUGGAAGGAAGGCAGAUGUUAAAAUUAGGGAGUGUAUGACGAACGAGAUCAUCGCUUAA